AUGAAUAGCAACACAAAUAAAAAUUAUGGUAGAGGAUCAAAUAGAAAGUAAAACAACAACUAAAACAAUAGAAGAUAUAAGGCUUAUCGCGAGAAAAAUUAUGAUGAAAUAGGAAAAUAAUAAUACCCAAAUGGUGAUUAGAGUUUCAUCUCUAAUAUUGAAGGAAAUUCAAGCUAAUCUUAAAUUUAUAACUAAGAUUAAAGCUUCCAAGGAUUAGAUAUUAUGAGAAACAAUUCAAGUAAGCAAGACAAUGAUAAUGAAGCUACUAUAUUUACGAGAGAUGAUCUAUCUAAUACAGGUAUCAGGUAGAGUAGUUUCUAAGAAGAAUCAAAAACAUAUAACUUUUCCUUUACUCCAACCAAAGAUCAGACGAGAGAAACUCGGUAAACUUAGAAUACUAGAUCAAAAGUAUAUUCAUAUGGAAGAGGUUAGAAUUAAAGAAAUAAGAAUUUAAAUGAAGAUUAGCAUUUUUAAGAAAUGAGAAACAAUAGAAAUCAGAGAGCUGGAGUAAAUGAUAAUCAUCAAACUAGUACAUAAAAUAAUUCAUCCAUUUAAACAGAAGGAGGUACUCAUGAUAAUAGAAAUAGAAGAAUUUAAAGAGAUAAUAGAAAUAAUGAAAGGCCAAGGUUCUACAGUACUAAUACAUUAAAGGAGCUUAUUUAGUUUGAAACAUAAGCUUUAGUUUAAAAACUAAUUAGUUUUGGAGAUCUUAAUCAAAAGAUUAAUGGGACUUUUUAUACAAGAGAAGCAUUUUCAUUUUUUGUCAAAAUAUUAUUUAGAUUGUUAACUGAUGAAAAUGUUCUGUCUACUGAACUAAAUUUGAUUUUUUCUCACUUUCUUGAUUCAAAGUUUAUGAAUACCAUUGAAGAAGAAUAUUUAAGAGAUAUGAGUAAGAUAAAAAAUUAACUUGAAUACUACUAUAUGCUAGUUGAUUUAGAAUAUGUAUUGAAGGAUUUGGCAUAAAAGCUUGUUUUAAGGAGAUUUAGGUUAAAAGAAGAAGAGAAAACUAGUGAUUUGAAUAGAUAAAUUUUGAAUGAAGAUACAAUUGAUAACUCUGUCACUGACUAUUAGGAUUAGCCUCCAGAUGAUUUCUAAAAUAUCAAUGUUUCUCCUACCGAAGCAGAAAUCAAAGCUGAUAGUGAUCCAUUCCUUAGGCCAAUGCCAGAAAAAGGCUAAUUUAAAGAUAGACAUGAUUACUUAGAUAUUGUUUAUAGGUUACUAAGAGAGGAUGCUAUUCGUCCACUUAGAAGAGGUAGUAAAAGACUAUUACCCGGGUCCUUGGUUAUACUCUCUUCUGAUGAAUUUUAAACUUUAAGUUUUUUCCUUGUAUAAGCAGGAAAUUAGGAUAGAAUGGUUAGAACCACUAGAUAAAGCAGAUAUGUUUAAAUCAAUAUUAUGAUGUUAGCUAAAGUGAACGAGAAUAUUGGUCAAUAAGCCACAUUGCUUGAAUAUUUUAUACAUCAUAGAAAAUUGAAGCUUAAAAUGUUAGAAUCAUAAGCAUACUUUGAAUCAUAUCGACAUGUAUUAAAAAAGAUAAAAGAGAUUGAUAGGUGGGAGAAAAUUCCAUUCGAUAAAUAUUUUGUUGGAUUAGAAAGAACAGUAAUUGAUAGGCCUCCUAUGUACCAAUUAUUUGAACAAAGUAAUAUCCUAUAAAAUGUGUAAUAGUUCAUAAAUCUUGAAAUAUCGACAAAAAACUUUGAUGAAAGUCAACUCAAUGCAAUUAAAGCUUGUUUAUACUAAGAACUUGCUAUUAUAUAAGGACCACCUGGUACAGGUAAGACAUACGUAGGCUAAAUCUUUGUGAGUAUCCUAUUGAAGAUUAAAGAGAAAUUCAAUGUUAAAAAUGGUCCCAUUUUAUUAGUUUGUUAUACCAAUCACGCACUUGAUCAAUUUUUGGACUUAGUUUCAGGUUUUACCGGAAAUUUUGUGAGAAUAGGAGGGAAUAUAAAGAAUGAAAAAUUCAAAAACCACACUUUUACCUAAUAUUAAAAAAAAAUUGGCGCAAGAUAUUAUUCAAGAUUUUAUAGCAUAUUGAGCGAGAUAGAUUAGUAAUAGAUUUAUAUUUAAGAUAGAAAUUCCAUAUUUCUUAUGAAUGAUUUAGGAAUCAUAAAUAACAAUACAAAAGUUAUGAUGGCGAAGACAUUGCUAUUGAAAAUUUAGCAAGAUUUCAAAUUCUAUUUAAAAGAUUAAAUCGAAAAUAUUUUCUCUAAUCAAGCUAAUUAAGAUUUUGGAAAUUAUGCAUAUCAAUAUAUUUUCGGGCUUGUUGAAGAGGAAACAGAUUUACCUGUUGUCUUUUGGCUAGGUAUAAUAGAUCUAGAAAAAUUUUUGCGAGAUAUUUUGCUAUCCUUACAAACUGGAGAAUUAAACAUUUAAGAUUUAGAAUUGUUUGAUGUAAAUUUUGAUGAUUUUGAAUAAAGAGAGAGAGAUUAUGAAGAAUCCUUGUUUGAUGAUGACAAUUAUUCUAUCCGAAGAUAAAUUAAAUCUGAGCUCAAGACAAAAUAUGAAAAUCUUACAAUGCAUUAUCACAGACUUUACUAAAAUGAAUAUUACUAAGGACUUAGCAAUUUUUUCUAAUGCACAUAGAGAGGUUGA